AUGUCCCACAACAGCUCCACCAUCAAAGAGACUCUACGGCAGCCCCUUUCUGAACUCAUAAGGCCUACUAGCCUUGAAUCUGUCAUUGGCCAGAAACAUCUUAUCAAUAGCACUAAUGGUGCCAUUACGAACUUCAUCACCUUGGGGUAUCUUCCAUCGAUGAUCCUCUACGGUCCACCCGGUGUGGGGAAGACUACGCUAGCUAAACUUUUAGCUGAAAAGACAAACUACGUGUUUGUGGAGCUCUCAGCUACAGAUGCCACAGUGGCUGAGCUCAGGGACCUUCUGCAAGCUAUACAGUCAGAAAACCUACUGCGGUCCAGAUUGGGUCAAGAACGGUUAAGAGUUGCUGUUUUCAUAGAUGAAAUUCACCGUUUUACUGUUAUCCAACAAGACUUUUUGCUUCCCUUCGUGGAAAGUGGAGCAUUUGUCUUCCUAGCUGCCACUACGGUGAGUCCUGGAAAAAGGAUCAGAAAGGCUAUUAUAUCGCGAUGUCAGCUCUUUGAACUUCAAAAAUUGAACGAUGAUGAAAUUAGAACCGUGGUUGAGAAGGCUAUGGUGUUUCAGAAUAUCCGCAGGCGGAUAUUGCUGAGUUUGCAGCCGAUUGUCUUUGAGGAUGGUGCCAGUGAAGUAAUCGCGUCUUAUGCUCACGGGGAUAGCCGUACAGCGAUCAACUUCGUGGAACUUAUUGGCUCUAAUACUCGUUUUCUGGAAGAAGCGAGUCAUCUUACGAAAGAUCAAACGGAAGACUUUGUACGUAAGUUGACAAAGGUGCGUUUUGGUCUUCAGAAUGAGCUGAGCCUCGGGCUUCUCGAUCAACUUUACGACUUCAUGAAUCAGAAGGCCCCGUCAGAAGUUGAGAUGACUUCUAAAGCUCCCAAGCUUGUGUCUUAUGAUCACGACGAGACGUCAGCUAGACUCUUGGUCACUAUCAACGUCAAGGCUGCAACAGCUGCUGCAUCUGACUUGGAAAGUUGCUAUGAUGAGGAUAUAGACGAGCGUUUCUCCGACGAUGAAAGUAGUCAAAAAGGGGCGAUAUACCUGGACGACGACGAUGAGGAGCACUUUAUCACUAAUCGUUUAUCAAGAAGCAAAUACUUCGUUAGAGCAGCUGCACAUACGAUGUUACAGCUCUUAUCUCGUGGUGAACUGGUUCAAUUGAUUACAAAGUACCUACUUCUUUAUGUUAGCACCUACGUGGACUUGGGAUCACUGCUUCUUAUCCAUGUCAUGGCCUUACACAAGUCUCUUCAGAAAGCCACCAUCGAUACCCCAGCUGCCUUGACAAAUUGCAUCCAGGAGUUGACGACAGCGCCCAAGCACGAUGGGGAGCUUAUUUCAAAGACGCUAGGUGACCUAAAGGCGUUCUUUGCCCUGACCCUAAAGGUGUCGUCUGAGCCUAAGGAAGUGGCCUUCACCGUCGUGGAAGACGACUCUUUAGUUGACGAGCUAUUGACCGAGCCGCCUUCCAUGAGCCAAAUCACGCCGCCAAAAGCUUCUAGCGUAGACUUCAACUUUGAAGAAGCUUUUUAUACCCUUGGUAACGACGGUAUGAGUCUCCUUGACGAGAACUGA